AUGAGGGUUUUUGUUGCUUUUGAAGGACUUUAUGAAUCUUUCGACAUUUCAUCUGAGGAUACCGUAAAAGAUGUAAAGCUGAUGAUAAAGGAUUAUUUUCAUGUACCUGUCUCUGAAGAUAAACAAGGCAGGAGAUAUUUGGAGUUGAUAUAUGCGGGAGCAGUUCUCAAGGACAGCUGGAUUCUUGCUGAUGUAGGAAUAUCAGUGUCUUCCACAAUUAAAUGUGUUAUUAAGGAAGAAGAUAAACCAGUUUUCUAUGUCUACAAUACUGUCACCCAUGAAAAAGUGCCCAUUAUGGGAAAGAUUUAUCUUCUUUCAGAAAAGGUUUCCCAGCUGAAAACCCUGGUGACUCUGAAGUGUGGCUUUCCAAACAGUGUUUAUUGUCUCAGGACUCCAGAGGGCAGAGAGAUGUAUGACUGCAAUACCUUGAGUGAUUAUCAGUUAGAUAUAGGUACUUUACUUCAUCUGGAUGUUUGGGAUGGAUGGAAAGAAUUCCUCACUGGAUGUCUCUUAGGAAACAAACACAAGGUCCAGCACUAUCUAUCAAUGGAAAAACCAGUAGUCAAUUAUCAAAAGAGGGUAGCCCUUUAUAUGGCAGCCUUUUUUGGACACCUUCAGCUUUCAGCCUGGCUCCUGAAACAGGGAGCAAGACCCACUGACGCAGUCGGCGUCCACCCCUAUCGUGAGUGGUGUCAAGGCAACCACCAUCCAGACGUAGCUAAGUGUCCGGUCCACGCGGCCGCCGAAGCUGGCCAACUCAUGAUGCUGAAAGCUUUCGUUAAUUAUAGCAUCCUGUGUCUUGAGUGCCAAAACUCUACAGGGCAAACUCCACUGCAAUUAUGUAUCCAAUAUAAACAUAAGGAUUGUGUAUUGUACUUAGUCACCAAGAUGUGGUCGGUGGUUUCUUACCCCAAUUUUUCCCUUCCCACGAAAAUCUACAUUAAGUUAAAACUGUGGCUUCUGAAGGCUCAAAAUAACAUCCGUCGGAUAAAGCGACACAACCAGACUGCCGUCUUCAGGACACGAGUUGGAGAUGUUGUCCUUGUGGAUGGUUUCACAAAACCAAAAAUGACUUCAAAGGGCUUUUAUCAAGCCAUGGUCAAGGAUACCAGCAGCAAAAGGCUGAAUUUAAAUAAUCCCUUCCAACGCAGGCAGGGGGCGUGUUGCUCCAAGGCUUCAGAAGGGGACCAAGAAGGGCUGAGUCUCAAAUUACCUCCACUGGGAGACGCAAACAAGAGCACAAACAGACGUCAGCAGAAAAAGAGAAGCAGAAAGAAGACUGUGACUCUUGGCAAUGAAGAAAAUAUGGACCAAAAUAUGUGCUUAGCAAGAGUUCCUCUGCCCCCUAUUUCGAUCCUCAAGCCUCCUCACUAUUAUUCCAUCCCUGAUGCAAAGUUUCUGCUAAACCCUUCUUUGGAGUCAUUCUCAGAACACAGUGGAAGAACUCCAAGGGAGAAUGCAAUCUACUACUUAGCUCUUGCCAGUGCAUUUAAAGAGAAACCUUGGCUUCAGCAACUAAGCAUCGCAAGAACCCUAGCGAAAAAAAGUAUCUGCAAACCUGUGUGCUGA